AUGGAGGAGGACGAGCGGCGGCUGUCGUUCCCGCCGCCGGCGCCGCUCAACUCGCCCGGCGAGGAGAUCGACGGCUCGCGGCUGCUCGGCGAGAUCGUGCGGACGCUGGAGGCCACCAACCCCGAGGCAGCCGCGCCGCUGGUCGCGUCCCAAUCCCGCGAUGCGCUCGAUACGGACUGCGAGAAGCCGCGCCGCGAGGAGCUGCGGAUCCCGCUGGAGGGCGUCACGUUCGCGAGCGAGACGGGCGGCGGGACGCGGGACGAGCCGCGGGCGGCUGUCACGCCGUUCACGCGGGAGUCCGCGCGGCGAGCGGGUUCCCGCGGGGCGCAGCUGGUGCGCGAGUUCGGCUUCAUGCCGCGGCGCCGGCUCAGCGUGGAGGACGGCGCGCGGCUGCCGAGGAAGUACGAGCCGUUCCCGCCGAAGCUGUACGGGCGCCCGCUGGAGGAGAUCGACAACUUCAUUUACGAUGAGACAUUCUGUGUGGUGUCAAAGCGGUUCCGCAAGAACUACAUCCACCGGUUCACGGCCACCAGGUCGCUGUUCUGGUGGUCGCCGUGGUCGCCGGUGCGGCGCGCGUGCGUCUACCUGUCCACCAACCAGUACUUCGACUACUUCGUCAUGGCAACCAUUCUGCUCAACUGUGUCUUCCUCGCCAUGUCGGAGACCAUCGAAGAGGCUGAGUACAUUUUCUUGGCGAUCUACACGGCGGAGAUGAUAAUCAAGUGCAUCGCGAAGGGUUUCAUACUGAACAAGUACACCUACCUGCGGAACCCUUGGAAUUGGCUGGACUUCGUGGUCAUCACGUCAGGGUAUGCCACCAUCGGGAUGGAGGUGGGAAACCUGGCUGGCUUGAGGACGUUCAGGGUGCUUAGAGCUUUGAAGACUGUAUCUAUUAUGCCAGGCCUGAAGACCAUCAUCAACGCACUGCUCCACUCCUUCAAACAGCUGGCGGAGGUCAUGACCCUCACCAUCUUCUGCCUUAUGGUCUUCGCGCUGUUCGCCUUACAAGUCUACAUGGGGGAGCUGAGGAACAAAUGUGUGAGGAACCUCGUCGUGCCACCUGGGGAGAAUUACACAGAUGAAAUGUGGUCACAGUGGAUAGCAGACCCUUCGAACUGGAUAGUGGACGACGAAGACAUCCCUAUAAUCUGCGGCAACCUGACAGGAGCGCGCCACUGCCCGCCUACUCACACCUGCCUCUGUGUGGGCCCAAACCCCAACCAUGGGUACACCAACUUCGACAACUUCCUGUGGUCUAUGCUCACCACCUUUCAACUCAUCACGCUGGAUUACUGGGAGAAUGUGUAUAACAUGGUGCUGUCAUCGUGCGGGCCGAUGUCGGUCUCAUUCUUCACAGUGGUGGUGUUCUUUGGGUCUUUCUACCUCAUCAACCUGAUGCUGGCUGUAGUGGCUCUCAGCUAUGAAGAGGAGUCACAGAUCACGCAAGAGGAAAGAAAAAAGGACCUAAACGAGCACCGCGACGAUUCCACAUUCAGCUUCGACCCCACGUCCUUAGCUGUGCGGACGCUGGCCAAGGACUCUAAGGAGCGGAUGGACACCAGAAAGUGGCUGCUGCUAGCCUCGUACUCUAGGAAGAGGACCAGGAGACGCAAGCGGGGGCGGAGCGCCAUCCACCACGCGCCUGCAGUCGCCGCCGUGGCUGAGAGGGCGAGAUCUCGUUCCCGCUCGCGGUCGGUGACCCCGAGCGCGUCGCCCCCCCUCCCGGCGCUCCCCCCGCCGCCCCCGCCGCCCCACACCCUUCACCCGGACAAUGCCUUAGGACGCGGUGCACUAAGCGCAGCUGGCCGUCAGCUAAGCGACCACAGCAACAACCGAGAAUCCUCACUGGAUGACUCCGGCGUGGUAGACGACCACGACGACGGCGAGCACACGUCGGAUGACCAAGCCCCGCACCCACAUCCUCGCAGGGUGCAUCUACUGCCGGUGCCGACGGCACCGCCGUUGGAGCACCCGCCUACACCCAUGCCCAUGCCCAUGCCUAUGCCCAUGCCUAUGCCCAUGCCGCAAAUACAGCAGGAAAGACCAAAGCUCGAGCCAAAACAAAAACACCCGAAAAAAGUGGAAAAGCAGCUGGACAAAUCGAAGAAAUCAGAAAAAGGCAGCAUCCAGGAGAAGUAUCCACUGAAUCCAGACUACCUCAACCAGAUCGUAGUGCUAGGGGCGGACUGGCCAUACAAGCGCGCGCCCGACCUCCCGCAAGCGGAGACGACGAAAAUUAAUGAGCUCAGUUUAUUGGCAGCCACGCACAAAUCUCAUAUGGGCAAUUACGAGCAAAAUUGCACUUACUUCACAGAUGAGCUUGUGGAUCGAAACUGUGAAUGCUGCGUAACAUGCUGCAUAGACUAUGAAGGCUGGCUCCAAUUCCAGAACUGUUUGUAUGGGAUUGUGAAGGAUCCACUCUUCGAGUUGUUCAUAACAACCUGUAUAGUCCUCAAUACACUUUUCCUUGCCUUAGAGCAUCAUGGGAUGAGUGAGAAUGUUAGACAAGCAUUAGAUAUAGGAAAUAAGGUGUUCACAUCUAUAUUUACAUUAGAAUGUAUAAUGAAAGUGAUGGCGAUGAGCAAAGACUUUUUUGCUUGCGGGUGGAAUAUAUUCGAUUUGAUAAUAGUAUCAGCCAGCCUUUUAGAUCUCAUAUUUGAGCUCGUGGAUGGCCUAUCUGUGUUACGGGGCCUUCGUUUGUUACGAGUGUUAAAGUUAGCUCAGUCAUGGACUACAAUGAAAGUGUUGUUGAGUAUUAUAAUAUCGACAAUAGGUGCUCUCGGUAAUUUGACGUUCGUUUUAGUGAUAGUUAUAUACAUAUUCGCUGUGAUCGGCAUGCAGUUGUUCUCCAAGUCCUACACGCCGGACAAGUUUGAGCCGGACCCUGUGCCCAGAUGGAAUUUCAACGACUUCUUCCACUCGUUCAUGAUGAUAUUCCGGAUUCUAUGCGGAGAGUGGAUCGAGCCUCUCUGGGACUGCAUGAGGGCGGAGCAGGCUAGCGGCGCCGAAAGCUGCUUCUUCAUCUUCUUGCCUGCACUCGUUAUGGGGAACUUCAUGGUGCUCAACCUCUUCCUUGCCUUGCUGCUCAAUAGCUUUAACAGUGAGGAACUUAAGAAUAAGAAAGAGGAAGUAGGCGAAGAUUCAAAAUUAGCUAAAAGUUUCGAUAGAAUACGUUCGAUAGUAAGAAAAAAAGGUUUCCUUAUAUCGAGAAGUAAAGAGACUGAAAAAAAAUCUAAAUUAGAAGAGCUAGUUAAUGAAUAUAUGACACAACAACGCACCAUAAAAGAGCAAAAGCCGUCAAUACCGAGCGAGCAGAGGUUCUCAUCUUCAAUACAGGAGACGAUACUUUUUCCGCACGAUAAUAUUUACAGUCACAGUUAUCAAGAAGCAUUAAAUAGGCCAGUAUCAGUAGGAUCAGAUUUUGCAUUCCCCCCUAUCUACCAGAGCGGGAAUAACUUUAACCACGGAAGCCAAGAAACUUUGAAAGACGUGCGUGACUUGGCGGCCGAACAUAAAAUUACAAGUAUUAGGGAAGAUUCCAAAGAAAACUUAGAGGACACGUCAUCCAUCGAGCAAGUUGCAGCACAAAAAUUACUAAACCAAAUGUCUUCUGGAUAUCACACGCAGCCAUCUGAUUCGAGAGAGGAUAACGAAAAUUACGAAAUGGCUCAGUUAUCGAGUAAAACCACUCCAGAGAAAAGCAGAAGACGUGAGGGAGGGCGGGAGACACCAAUCACAUUAUGUGGAAGGAAAAACUCCAAGGGCCAAUACGUUGAUGCAAUGGGGAACUUUCCGGGAUUUGGGAAACAGAAGGAGCCGAAAGUACCGCAGGACUGUUAUCCUCGCCAGUGUUACGACACAUGUUCCUGUUGGGACACGUGUAUCCAAACAAAAUUAGGCCAGCGUUGGAUGUUCAUCCGAACCUUCGUUCUUCGCUACGUGGACACGCCCGCCUUCGAGUGGUUCGUUUUGGUGCUAAUAUUCGCCUCCAGCAUAACCCUCUGCUUCGAAGACAUUCACCUCGAGAAGAACAAGCCACUGAAAAGAAUCCUUUACUGGACUAACCUAGGCUUCUGCAUGAUCUUCGUCAUCGAAAUGUUCCUCAAGUGGAUCGCGCUGGGGUUCUUCAGAUACUUCACCAGUUUUUGGACUUUGUUAGACUUUACUAUAGUUUUUGUGUCAGUAUUUAGUUUGUUAAUAGAAGAGAAUGAGAAUCUAAAGGUAUUAAGGUCUCUGAGGACACUGAGAGCAUUGCGGCCACUGCGUGCAAUAUCGCGAUGGCAAGGCAUGAGAAUAGUGGUGAACGCGCUCAUGUACGCCAUACCUAGUAUCUUCAACGUAUUGUUAGUUUGUUUAGUAUUUUGGUUGAUCUUCUCCAUAAUGGGCGUACAAUUUUUCGGUGGAAAAUUUUUCAAAUGCGUCGAUGAGGAAGGGGAAUUGCUUCCUUUAGAGGUUGUGAAUGACAAAUGGGAAUGCUAUUACAAUAAUUUCUCGUGGAUAAAUUCCAAGAUAUCUUUUGACCACGUGGGAAUAGCCUAUUUAGCAUUAUUUCAAGUGGCAACCUUCGAGGGUUGGAUGGAGGUGAUGGCUGAUGCUGUUGAUGCGAGAGGGGUUGAUCUUCAGCCGGCGAGAGAAGCUAAUUUAUAUGCUUACAUAUACUUCGUAAUUUUCAUCGUGUGCGGUUCAUUCUUUACUCUAAAUCUCUUUAUAGGAGUAAUUAUAGAUAAUUUUAAUAUGCUUAAAAAAAAGUAUGAAGGAGGUGUGCUCGAAAUGUUUCUGACGGAAAGUCAAAAGCAUUACUAUACAGCAAUGAAGAAACUUGGCAGAAAAAAGCCCCAAAAAGUAAUUAAAAGGCCGAGAAACCAAUUCCUUGCGAUGUUCUACGAUUUGUCGAACUCGCGGCGCUUUGAGAUAGCAAUAUUCGUGCUGAUAUUCUUGAACAUGCUCACAAUGGGAAUAGAGCAUUACGAUCAGCCCCAUUCUGUUUUCUUCAUUCUUGAAGUAAGCAACGCGUUUUUUACAACGGUAUUUGGUUUAGAGGCCAUAGUAAAAAUUAUAGGUUUACGGUAUCACUAUUUCACGGUGCCAUGGAACGUAUUCGACUUCUUGUUGGUGCUAGCCUCGAUCCUGGGCAUCCUCAUGGAAGACAUCAUGAUAGACUUGCCCAUAUCCCCAACGCUGCUCCGGGUGGUCCGAGUAUUUCGAAUAGGGAGAAUUUUAAGACUGAUUAAAGCCGCAAAAGGCAUUAGGAAGCUCCUAUUCGCGCUGGUGGUCUCCCUGCCAGCGCUGUUCAACAUCGGCGCGCUGCUGGCGCUCAUCACCUUCAUCUACGCCAUCAUUGGCAUGUCCAUCUUCGGCCACGUGAAGGAACAGGGCGCUCUAGAUGAUCUGGUCAACUUCCAGACAUUUGGAAGGAGCAUGCAGCUGCUUUUUCGUCUCAUGACGUCAGCUGGCUGGAACGACGUGCUGGAAUCCCUUAUGAUCCAGCCCCCAGAGUGCGAGCUCGGCGACCACGGCCACACCAACGGCAACUGCGGGAGCCCGCUGCUCGCCAUCACCUACUUCACCUCCUUCAUCAUCAUCAGCUACAUGAUCGUCAUCAACAUGUACAUCGCCAUCAUCCUCGAGAACUUCAAUCAGGCGCACCAGGAAGAGGAGAUCGGUAUUGUGGAAGAUGACCUUGAGAUGUUCUAUAUCAGAUGGUCUAAGUACGAUCCACACGCAACUCAGUUUAUAAGUUUCUCACAACUAUCAGAUUUCAUUGCCUCGCUGGAUCCGCCUUUGGGUAUAUCGAAGCCAAAUACCGUAGCAUUAGUCAGUUUCAAUCUCCCUAUAGCUAGAGGCAACAAGAUCCAUUGUCUGGACAUCUUACACGCUUUAGUAAAACAUGUGUUGGGACAUGUUGAGGAAACCGAUACGUUCAGACAACUGCAGGAGCAAAUGGAUAUAAAGUUUAAGAAACAGUUUCCAACGAGGAAAGAAUUAGAAAUAGUUUCCUCCACUCGAAUAUGGAAGAGGGAGGACAAAGCAGCCCGGACUGUACAACGUGCCUGGAGGGAAUACGUAAAACGAAAAAAUCGUAGUCCUUCCAACGAAGAAGAAAGUACAAAAUGGUCUCCCGGGGGUGGUUGGGGCGGACGCCUUAGUGCUUUACUCCACGUUCGAAGAAGCUCCCACGCAUCAAGUCGAAAAUCCUCACGGGCUUCUGACGCGUCGGACCUAAGCGAACUGGGGGGAGCCUGGCUCAAUCUGCCCCUCCUACUGCUGCCAGGCGCAGCACCAGGAGAACAGGCGGCGUGCUCGGAGCAGGCGCCGCAGCGCCGGCGGUCGGCGUAUGGGCUGCCGCUCUUCCUCCGGCAUCAGGACGCAAUGGACGAAGACGGCCCGAAACGCGCAGGUUCCCUUCGUUUGAGCUCCCGAAGGAAUUCGGCGCGGCGGGCGACCACUCCAGCGCGGGCCAAGACGCCUUCGCCCCACGCCAAUAACAGCGAGGUGAGCAUACUGGUCACCGAGGCGUCCCCGGACGCCGCGCCGCCCCCCUCCGCGCCCCCCACCGUGGUCAGGGUACUAGUGCACCGGGAGAGCGACGAGCAGCCCAGCUGAUCCACUGCCGAGCCCGAAGAGGCUCCGCCCCCCACUUAAACGAACGUUUAGUGUCAAAGUUUAGUAUUCGCGAGUUAAGUGAAUUCGGCGCGGGCGCGGCAAAGUUCGUUAUUCGAAUUUGAAAUUCGAAUUCUAGUUUUUAUUGUGAAUCUUUUGUGUUUGCAAAUCCUGUAUUAGACUGAUCAGACUAUGUUCAGUAUAAUUAUGAUUUUGAGUUCCUUUACUCGUCAUUAAUAAAUAGCAAUGAAUGAUAGAUACAGAACUUUGUCGCGUCUGUAGUUUUGUACGGCAUCCGCUAGUUGGCGUUGUGAAUAGACUUUCACAAAUGGCGCUGCGUUUAGGAAAACUCGACUUUUGCGUGAUUAAAUCGUAUAGUGAACGAAUUAUUGUGUUCACAAAAGCACGUGAAAAGUGAUAUAACGGUUAGUCAAGUUCGAAUGUAAUUUUGUGAUUUUAAAAUUUAAAUUGUAGCUUACCACGUCUACGUAUAAACGGACAAAUGAAAGAUUUGUGUAGAGAUAAGUGGAUUUAAUUUAGUCUUUUGUAUUUUUAUUAUAAAGAAAUUGACGAGAGAGUUUAGGUCGUAUUAAUAAAGAUACUUUUUUUAUUUCAAAGAGAAAGUACUUGGAAAUGUGCCGUAACUUAAUAAACAAAACGUAUCAAAACAUGAAAUAUGUAGUUAUACUCUUUUCCUAAACGAGAGCUAAAUAUAAUCUAAUUAUCUCUACAUUUGUAGUAAAUAGAGUCAAUAGUAACAGGAACUUCCAGAGCUGUCGCAAUAACGUUUUAAAAUAUUUCAUCGAUUCCAAUAAGCUUUAUGAUGUAGACGAAGGAGUACAAGAAUUUAAUACACGAUGCGAUGAGUUGAUACUUGUCAGAAUAGAAUAAUUGAAUUAUGUACAUUUUGAAAUGUUUUGGCAAAUACGAGUUUUAGUAAGCUAGAUAGACCUAUAGAUUGCCGACAAUUUUCAGUAAAAUGAAGUGCCCGAAAUAAUAGCAUUUUAAGAAAAUACCUCGUAACAGCAAAUAACAAACUUUUAGAUAUCUUUUUAACAUCAGGAGCCCAGAUUGUGGGUCCACCGAUAUCUAAGUAUUUUAAAUUCUUUGAAUUAAGGCUAUCUGGUUAGGUCAUGUUUGACCUGCUAAGAAAUAAACUUUCUUUCAUUAAUAUUGAAAUUAAAUUUGUUUUGCUGUUAAACGAAAUAAUUUCAAACAUGGUUGUAAAUUAAUUUGUUGUUGUAAAUAAUAAUGUACCUAUUGAGAACGACUGAAUCACCAUCACACGUCGCAUCCCAUUGUAAGAAUAAGUGAAAUGCAUGGAAUAAAAACCAAUAAAAUUAUAGCGAUGUAAAAUGGUGUUCUAUCUAAAAGUUAAAAAGUAACCUUUGAACACAUCAACAAAAACCUCAAUAACACAAAUAUGUAAUGUAUUAAUGAAUUUGCUAAAAAGAAGUAAAAAAAACAUUUGCAUGUCAGGUUGUUUUGUUUUAAUGUAUUAUUAAGAAAAAAGAGAGACAACUUAGCAAUUCAAUUGUUUGUUAAGUAUACAAAUUUUAUUAUAAGGGGUUCGAGCCAAGAACACGCAUGUAGCAACAUUUAAAGAAUUUACUAAGACGUCAAUUUUCGCGGUAAUAGAUAGGCAAAUUGUUUUGUACAUUUAGCGUAGAGAGCAAAUAUUAGUGUAGCGAUCCUUUUUCAGAGUGCCUCUUUGCUCACGCACUUUUGGGUACCAACGCCUAUUUUGCGGUAUAGUCAAAUAACAAGCAAUGAUCUUUACAACAAUAUUUGGAAAUUGUAAUUAAGCAAUAACUAUUUAAAAGCCAUUCUUAAUUGCAGUUUCAGUAAUAGAAAAUAGUUUUCAAUAGUGUUGAAUAUCGCUACUUAAUUUUAUCAGUUGAGUUUUUGUGAUUUUAAAAUUUCUGUAAAAAAAGCUUCGUAAGCAUUAAAAUUGAACGAAGUACUCAAACGUUAAUUGACUCGCACAAACUUUUUAUUUAAUUAAAAUAGGAUCAUAGUGCAAUAUAAUAUUCUAAGAGACAAUAUUCAAUUUCAGGCUGUUAUAGUUACCAUCUCUAGUGUAAAGGCUUAUUGGCCCCAGGCUUUAGCAAUUCGUUGUACGUUUCAUUUGUCUACUUUAGUUAAACACGCUAAUUUAAAAUAAUUUUAGAAUAUAGCCCGUCCACAUUAUUUUGUUAUUUCAUAGUUUAACAUUAGCUGCCAUGUAGUACAGUCUUGGACGAACAUACGGCUGAUUCGUCCCAGAGUACACAUUAUUUUAGAUGCACAAAGUGCUUUAAAUAACGUUAACAAUUUACUACAACUCAAAUAAGCAAGUUUCGUUAAAAAGUAAAUUUAAAAAUUAUUAAAAUCAAUCUUAAUAAACGAGACUCCACAUGUCUUUUAGAUUUAGCUUUUAUAAAAAAAGCUAAUAAAAUUGAAUUUUAUCUUUUUAAUACAUCCCUUUAAUAUUGUGUAGAAAACUUCAACAGGUACCUACUUUAUCGUGUAUUCUUUCGAUUUAUUAAGGACCAAAAUGUCGUCGAUUAUUUUGUGAAUUUACUCUUGACCAAACCCUUUUUGUAUUUAUUUGUAUGUAGAAUUUUUCGAGGCCUGUUUCGAAUUACAUAUUCUAGAAUUUUAGAUGCUGACACCUUAACGUAUAAUAUUUGUACCACUUCGCUUUAUAUCAAGUUUUACACAUUUUGCUUUGAAUCCUUGUAAUAUUUCAAUAAACGACCCACAUUCACUAUUGAAAUUUAAAUUGUUAAAAAGGGCAUCAUAAUAAAAAUGUUCUAAUAGAAUAGAUUAAUUCUCAACUAUUGUUCGUUACUAUGUAAAUAGAUAAAAAGAGGAUGCAAUAAUUUUUCAUAAUUUUAUCUAUAGUUAAUAAAUUAAAAAGGUUGUUAGAAAAUCCUUUAAACUCUAUAAUUUAAUUAUGUACGAUGUACAUGUAAAACUAAUGGUAGUUAGUGAAAUUGCAAUAUUUAAAGCAUGUGUUGAGCAUGGUUCAAAUAUAAUUUGUGUAAAAUAUGUUUAAAUUGUAUGAUAUGUAAAUAAAACUUUAAGUGAGACCUGCGAAAUAUGAUUUUCUUCCGAGGUACAAAAUAUAAAUUAACCAUGUUGAAAACUAUGAUUAAACGAAAAUAUAGAAAAA